ACAUAAUGCACAUCAACUAAAUCUUCAUCACCAACAAGAGUUGCAUAUUGUGAGGAACAGAGAAAAGUCCAAAGAUGUCUCAUUGCGACGGUAAGAGCUCAUGGCCUGAGUUGGUUGGAGUGUCCGGAAAACGGGCAGAGGCUAUAAUUGAGAGUGAGAAUCAAUCAGUGAAUGCUAAAAUCGUGCCCGAAGGAUCCUUUGUUACCGCUGACUUCAGGUGUGACAGGGUUUGGGUUUGGGUCGACAAAGCUGAAAAUGUCAAACAGGUUCCACGCAUUGGAUAGAAAGUCCUGAGGUUGAAAUAAGGAGUUAAUUAGACUAUCUCCAGAUUUAUAAUCUUGUUGAAAAUAAUUAAGUUUGAGGAAUGUCAAAAGAUUUUGAUAUUUUUCUUUCUUUUAAUUUCUUAGUUAUGUUGUGCAUGCAGUGCACAUAAAUAGAUUAAUAGGUUUUGGAGGUGUUGUUAUUUGCCAGAGGAACAAACCAGAGUCAUCUCCUGUCAUAUUAAUAAAGCAAAUAUUACUGAA